CGUUUCUAUCACGCGCCGCCUAAAUUCACCGGCCCUUGCUCGGGAUUCAACGCCCCUUCCGAAUCUGAUUUCCCAGUACCUCAUCACUUUCGAACGAUUCAUGAACAGUCCAACAAUGGCGAGCUCGUUGAUUCCUUCGACCGUCUUCUCCAACUCUGCGUCGGCGGAGUUGACCGGAGCUACAACGUCGAACGGCCGGUCAAACAGAUCCACUCGCAAAUCGCGCUCACAUCCUCAAAUGUUUCGCCAUUUUUGUCGGCCAGGCUCGUAGCAGUAUACGCUAAACUAUCCCUCUUGAUCGAUGCGCGGAAAGUGUUCGAUACAUGUUUCCAAGAAUGCCUUUUUAGCUCCCUUCUUUGGAACUCCAUCCUGCGGGCUUAUGCGUGUGCCAUGAAAGGCGAUGUUAGGUUGUGUGAAGUUGUUCAUAGCCAUGUUACACAAAUGGGACUUGUGAGAAAUUUGCAUGUUGGUAACGAGUUGGUGGGGAUGUAUGGGGAGAUUGGCUGGACCAAGAUUGCUUCCAAUGUGUUCGAUCAAAUGCCUCUAAGAAGUAUUGUCACUUGGAAUAUUAUGAUAUCUGUUUUCGCAAAAAGCAAUGAUUGUGACAGCGCAUUUCGAGUGUUUAGUAGGAUGGAGAACGAUGGGUGGGUCCCAAAUUCCGUGACUUGGACCUCGCUAGUUUCCAGUUUCUCGAGGUGUGGUCACAUAGACAAGACAUGGGAGUUUUACGUUCGAAUGAGAGAGAAAGGCGUCGACAUCACAGCCGAGUCAGUCGCUGUCGUUAUAUCUGCCUGUGAUGAAAUUCCCGUCAAAGGCAAGAUUGUACAUGGACACGUGGCAAGGGCAGGUUUUGAAAAUUAUGUAUUCGUGAGGAAUGCUCUUAUAAGCAUGUACGGGAAAAUGGGUGCUGUUGAAAAUGCGGAAAAUUUAUUCGCCGGACUGGAAUUUAAGAGCAUAAUAAGCUGGAACGCGUUGAUAUCAGCUUAUGCUCAGUCGGGUUUUUGUGAUGAGGCGUACAAUGCAUUUUUCAGGUUAAAAAGUUUAGAUGGCAAUUCAUUAGUGAGGCCAAAUGUGAUUACCUGGACUGCAGUAAUUAAUGCAUUUGCCGGCACAGAACAUAACAAAGAGAUGACUUUAGAAAUUUUUCGGCAGAUGCAAUUUUCUGGGGUGUUCGCAAAUGCUGUAACAGUCGGGGGUGUGUUAUCAGCUUGUGCUGAGCUGUCAGCUUUGUCUCUCGGACAAGAAAUCCAUGCCCAUGCCGUGAGAAAAUUCAUGGCUCACGAUACUUUGGUAGCUAACGGCUUAAUUAACAUGUACAUGAAAUGCGGUAAUUUGAAAACAGGAAACUUGAUAUUCGAACAAAUGCUUUCUAGAGAUGUGACCUCGUGGAAUAUAAUGAUCACGGGUUUUGGGAUGCACGGACUUGGGAUAACCGCUGUGAAUUUUUUUAACCAGAUGGUGAAUUCAAAUUUUAACCCAGACGAAAUUACUUUUGUUGCUGUUCUUUCUGGGUGCAGCCACUCAGGCCUUGUUUCCGAAGGUAAAAGGCUUUUCAAUUUGAUGGUGAAAGAAUUUCGAAUUGAGCCCAAAGUAGAGCAUUAUUCUUGCAUGGUCGACCUUCUCGGGCGGGCCGGGCUUCUGCAGGAAGCAGGUGAAAUCUUGAGAAGCAUGCCGAUGGAGCCAAACGCACCUGUUUGGGGAGCUUUGUUGAAUUCUUGCAAAUUGCAUAAAAACAUGGAUUUUGCAAAAAAGACUGCUUCUCGUUUUUUUGGUCAUGGUCGUGUGGGGACAGGUGGAUAUAUGCUGCUUUCGAAUUUAUAUGCGUCGAGCGGAAUGUGGGAUGAGUCGGCUAAUGUGAGGAUGAGGGCUCGAACGAGGGGUCUGAAGAAAGUGCCCGGGCAGAGCUGGAUUGAGGUGAAGAAGAAGGUUCGCACGUUUUCGGCUGGAAAAGCUCUUGAAUCGGAUGUGGGUGAGCUUUAUGAGGUGCUUGAAGAUUUGAACCUACAUAUGGUGGUGGAGGGCAAGACUUGUGAUGGAUUUUUUGAGCAGGGAGAAGAAUAAUAAUGCCUGUUAGAUAUAGGGACUUCAGGAAAUACUUACUGUUGGGUUGAUGAAUUUGACAAUAUGUUUUGUUUGUGUUUGUUUUUGUUUGCUGGAAAGUAAAUAGGUGAGUGUUUUUGUUUGGUUUAGGUGUGUAGACUAGAACGAAUUGUAUUAAAUAAAACUCUGGUUGGGACUUGAUUGAUCAUACUAGCUCGGACAUAAGGGGAAAUUCUUUUUUUUUUUUUUCGGAGAAAAUAUAACCUAAAAUUAGGGUGGGGAAAUUUUUGUUAUAAUUG